GUGGUUACCAAGUUCGGGGCGGAGAAGCCGAGAGUGGCUGGGAAAUGAUGGCUGAUGAAGACGAGGAAGUCAAGCAGGUCUUGCAGAAAUUGCAGGCACUGGUGGAUCAGCUGUAUUCGUUUCGAGAGUGCUAUUUCGAGACACAUGGUGUUGAGGAUGCUGGAAGGAAGCAACAGGAUGUGCGGGAGGAGAUGGAGAAGACCCUGCAGCAGAUGGAGGAAGUAGUGGGUUCUGUCCAGGGCAAGGCACAGGUUCUGAUGCUGACUGGGAAGGCACUGAAUGUGACUCCUGACUAUAGUCCUAAGGCUGAGGAGCUUCUGUCAAAGGCUGUGAAGCUGGAGCCCAAGCUGGUGGAAGCCUGGAACCAGCUGGGUGAGGUAUACUGGAAGAAAGGCGAUAUUGCGGCUGCCCACACCUGCUUCUCAGGAGCCCUGACCCAUUGCAAGAACAAAGUGUCCCUUCAAAACCUGUCCAUGGUCCUUCGCCAGCUUCGGACGGACACUGGAGAUGAACAUUCUCGUCAUGUCAUGGACAGUGUCCGACAGGCUAAGUUGGCUGUGCAGAUGGAUGUCCACGAUGGCCGCUCCUGGUAUAUUCUGGGCAAUGCAUAUCUUUCUCUUUACUUCAAUACUGGCCAGAACCCCAAGAUCUCCCAGCAAGCCCUCAGUGCCUAUUCCCAAGCAGAGAAGGUUGACAGGACAGCUUGCAGCAAUCCUGAUCUUCAUCUGAACAGGGCAACGUUACAUAAAUAUGAAGAGAAUUACGGGGAGGCCCUGGAGGGCUUCUCUCGGGCUGCAGUCCUGGACCCUGCUUGGCCGGAGCCCCAGCAACGAGAGCAGCAGCUUCUGGAGUUCCUGAGUAGAUUAACCAGCUUCCUUGAGAGCAAGGGAAAGGUGAAGACCAAAAAGUUGCAGAGCAUGCUGGGAAGCUUGCGCCCAGCCCAUCUAGGCCCUUGUGGUGAUGGGCACUACCAGUCGGCCUCUGGGCAGAAGUUGACCCUGGAGCUCAAGCCACUGAGUGCCCUACAGCCUGGUGUGAACAGUGGUGCCGUGGUCCUAGGAAAGGUGGUGUUCAGCCUCACCACAGAAGAGAAGGUCCCCUUUACCUUUGGCCUGGUAGAUUCAGAUGGACCUUGCUAUGCAGUGAUGGUGUAUAAUAUGGUACAGAGUUGGGGAGUGCUCAUUGGGGACUCUGUAGCCAUUCCUGAGCCCAACCUUCGGCUUCACCGAAUUCAGCACAAAGGAAAAGACUAUUGCUUUUCCAGUGUUCGUGUGGAAACACCCCUCCUGCUAGUGGUGAACGGGAAGCCCCAGGGCUCCAGUAGCCAGGCUGCUGCCACCGUGGCAUCGCGGCCCCAGUGUGAAUGAGCUUACUUGACUGGCACGCUGAAGAAGGAGUCGGCGCGAGAGGAGAAGCUCACAGGCCCUUGGCCGCCGGACCAGCGACGUCCCGGGACUCGGCCGGGCCGGGGCGGAUGUUUGAGAUGAUGACUUUCCUUUCCUCUGCCCUAUGAGGCACUGUGUGUCUCUUCUUUCCCUCCUUUUAUCCCGUUCCAGCUCUCUCUGGGGCCACACGCUCCCCUGGUAUAACCUCUGCUGCCUCUUUCAUUGCUCUUCUGUUUUAGGCAAAGAGCAUGGAAUUGGUAGAAGGGUUGGGAUCUUGCCAUGGGACAGAGUUCCCAAGGUUCUUGUUCUUCUUGCCUCCUUCCUGAGCCUCAUGUGUAUAUAUCAUUUCAGUAUUUAUUGCUAAGGGAGGGGGCUUAAUUUUUUAAUGGCUUGUUUUUUUUGUUUUGUUUUUGCAAUUUUUAUUUUAUUUUUGUUUUUAAACUUUAGGUCCUUCCCCUUUGGGGCUGGAACAGAAUUAAAUUUGUUUGGA